CUCUGGCGUGAAAAAAGGCAGUAGUUCUCUCUUAUCUCAUUGCGCUGAGAUCGGCAUAGUAUAAAUAAAUACAAUAUAGGCUUGUCGCUUUAGUUUUACUACGUAAUUCAACGACACAGCUACUUUGUAUUUUUAGAAGGUUGUCAACCCUAAAUCCUGUUGUCAGAAUAACAUUCAAAACCUUUUAGUAUUGAAGACAUACCAAAGCUUAUUUCAAAGUACAGUUAAUAUUAAUUAUAUAUUUUUUAAUUCAUUUUUAUUUACUAAUAUUGAGUUUCAAAUUACAAAAUAUUAAUUCAUCUAAAAGGACAGUGUUUUGACUCGUAGUCCGAUUUUUGACACAUGCGCUGAUUGGCCGCUGCAUCUGCUCGUAGCCAACAUUCCGAACAGUAUCGUUCCGGUAGCCGCUGUCGUGUGUCGGUGAAGUUUUAGUGGUGGAAAUUUUACGUGUGUAACAUCAAAAAUGGCGUCUGGCGUAACAGUAUCGGACGCUUGCAAAACAACGUACGAGGAGAUAAAGAAGGACAAGAAACACCGCUACGUGGUGUUCUACAUCAGGGACGAGAAACAGAUAGACGUGGAGACGGUCGGGGAGCGCAACGCUGAGUAUGAUGGCUUCCUUGAGGACCUGCAGAAGGGCGGCACUGGCGAAUGCAGAUAUGGCCUGUUCGACUUUGAAUACACGCACCAGUGUCAAGGCACGUCGGAGGCGAGCAAGAAACAGAAGCUCUUCCUAAUGUCAUGGUGCCCCGACACCGCUAAGGUUAAGAAGAAGAUGUUGUACUCUAGCUCCUUCGACGCGUUGAAGAAAUCUCUUGUCGGAGUACAAAAGUACAUCCAGGCGACCGACCUCUCUGAAGCUUCGCAAGAGGCGGUCGAAGAAAAACUUCGCGCCACGGAUCGUCAGUAAAUUAAUCAGCAUUUAACCUAGCUAUCGACUUCGCACGCACAACACUAGCACUCGGUUACGUCAUUCUAAAUUCGAUUUGCUGGCCGGAAAGAAUUUCGAACUGGCCGGAAAAAUUCAAACGGGCUGGAAGGAUUGUCGAAUGGCGCCAAUUUUGACAUUUCUACAGUAAUGGCGCCGGCUCUUCAAUCGCGUGCCGUUACUAGUGUUGUUUUGCUUAGUCACAACGGGUUCAUUUUAUAUCGUUUCAGUCCUUUUUGCAGUCGAAUAGAUCGAUAGACGGCCGAAUCUUGUACAGUUGACUGUAUUCCGGCCGCCGGCGACACUAUAGCAAUUAAGGCUCUUAUGUAAUAAUUUAAAUUAUACUAAUUAUAUAUUUUUUUUCCUAUAAACUAAAGAGUAAGUUAAGCUCAAACUAAAUUUAAUACAGCGACGUUUCGUUUGAAUACUGGACGGCUUUUGUACUAUUUAGAUGUAAUAUAAAGGUUUUAUACAAAUGCAUACUUCGUUUGAGAUUGAACUUGCUACGUAAGCUUCUACCAAGCUCCGUUCAGUGCGGGCUUUGGAUAGUUAUUUUGUAACCAAUUUAUCCAGAAAUACACUCGAUAUAAGUAA